GCCCGCAUCUUGCAGGGAAAAAAUACAGCAUCUUCCUUGAAGCCUUUGAUUCAAGAGUAUCUUGUUCAACGGGAUCUUCAAGAAAGAUCAUUACCCGUUACUGGUGAAAGAACCGUUAUGGUUUUGACUAGUAGAGUUGCACAAAAGAGUUAUGGAACCGAGAAAAGAUUUUUGUGUCCCCCACCUACAACUAUCUUAAAAGGUGCCAACUGGUGGACAAACACCACAUCUUCGGACAAACCUAAUUUACUAACCGAACCAAAGAAAACCAAUUUAUUUCAAUCCCAGAGUAACGUUUUAAGCUCCCCUAAACUCACGAUUCAUAUUUCUGGAGAAACCAUCAAUCAAACCGGAGUUCUCGAAUGGCAAACGCCUUCCGGAACAAUAAUCGAUACCUCUAUCGCAGCCGUCAAUAACUCUACAAAUUCAUCAAUUUCCGGAAGAAGUGUAUCUAAACAACUGUAUAUAAACGAUGCUGACGAAAAAAGAAAACGUGUGGAGGUUUUAGCUAAAAUUCAACUUGGAAAUGGAUUACAAUUAGGCACCUUCCCUAGUAAAGGUAUCAAAGUGAUUAGUAAGCCAAGCAAAAAGAGGCAAAGUAUCAAGAAUAUGGAAUUAUGUAUACAUCAUGGUACAACUAUUUCUUUGUUUAAUCGUAUUCGUUCACAAACUGUUUCAACAAAAUAUUUGGGCGUAUCUAAUGGGCAACCACCUUCAUCACCAAACAAUAAAAGCAACACAAGUGGUUCAAACAAUGGUACCUGUUUUGUUGCAAGAACUGGAUCCUGGGAUCCUUUUGUUAUUUGGGUUGUUGAUACCUCUCGUUCACCUGACACGACCAGUAUGCCUCGUCCUAACCAGCAUCAUCCCAACAAUAUCAAUUUCCCUCCCCCACCUGCAAUUGCAUUACAAACACCUUCUUCAAGUCAGCAACCUGUAGCUAUUCAUUACAAUCAGCCAGUUGUCCUUCAAUGCGUUACAACCGGGCUUGUAAGUCCUGUUAUGAUCAUCCGCAAAGUAGACAAAGGAAGUAUGAUUUUAGGCGGCAAUCAGAUUGAAGAUCUCUCUGGCAAAACAGGGGGUGAAUGCGGCGAUGAGACGCUGGGUGACCCUGUUUCUCAGUUACAUAAGAUUGCAUUUCAAAUCGUUCAAGAUCCAACCUUUUCGCAUCAUAACAAAGCUAGAUAUCAACAACAGCAACAGCAGCAGCAACAACAGCAACAGCAGCCACAGCAGCAGCAACCAUCCGGUGGUAACCCUAAUUAUAAAGUUCCUCAAUCAUGCCAUCCGGUCACAUACUUGGCUUGUCUCAAUGAUGUUGUUGGUAUGCAUAAAACGACUUACAAUCGUCAUUUAGUCCCAGGUUGUCAACCAUCAAAGUUGGAAACUUUACCUACUGGCGGCGCUUGGUCUGAUUUAAUGCAGGGAGUUGUUGAAAGCAAAUUUACAGAUAAACCUGCUAGUGUGCAACCUGAAUCGCCUAUACCAGCAACUGCAAAAGCACGCCGCCGUAUGAGCUCCAUUAGCAGCACAGAGACUAAAGGACGUCGGGGCAGUUUAGCAGAUCGUCGUGGUAGUUCAAUCUCUGACUCAUCUGGAUUGGAAGGUGCAUGCUGGACAGAAGAUGUUUCAGAUGCAGCAGUUUGGACAAUUGUUGGCACAGAUUGUGCUAGUUAUACCUUUUGGACACCUUCGGAUGCACCAGAUAAAAGCUGUUUCAACAUGCCAUUUGACCAACAGGCUACAACCACAUUAUCUACCACAUCUGCACCAAUUACACCAUUCCCUCUUGUUCAUGAAACAUCUAGCAAAAAAACAGACGCAUUGCAUUUGACAUUGGCAGGCGAAAAUCUAACGCGCGAUCUUAAUAUUUGGUUUGGUGAUAUUAAAUCACCCCAAACAGAAUAUAAAUCAAGAGACUCGAUAACCUGUAUAAUUCCUGACCUUCAAGAACUUUUAAAUAGCCCUACUUUAUUACUGGAAGAUGAUGGUUUAAAGAAAAAAAUACCCUUGUUACUGGUUCGUGGCGACGGUGUUGUUUAUAGAACGGACCAAUUUUACAACUUUUAAGUCAAUUAUGUACCAUGUAUUUUUAUGUAAUCUCCUCCCCCCGCCCUCCCUCCCUUUUUUUGUAUCUUUUAUGUUUAUGUACUACUGCUAUUUUUUCUC